UUUUAGGGGGUGAUAUUGUUUUUUUAUCUCUGUUGGGAGUACUGAGCCAAGCGUUACACUGAGAACUCAAGUCAACACUGUGAACUUGGAUAAUUAUGAAAUAGAUCAUUAUUUGAACUGUAUGUCUUUGAGCAGUUGGAACUGAAAAUCAUCAGAGGGGUCUUAACAUCCAUUUCACCAUUAAAACAUGGCGAAACACCAAUACAACGUGGGCACAUUCCUGCAAGGAAUCAGCGACAAACUCCUUGCUGGGGUAAGAUCAGCUGAAGCCAUUGUUGAGGCUUCCAUUGCACAGCAGCUGAUAUCAUCCGAGGAGGACCUGAUUUCUAUCAACGAAGCUCAUACCCCGCAAGAUCAGCUGAGGGCGCUGUUUCACGCUAUGGAAAGGGGGACAUCUGAAGCCAAAGAUGCCUUCUACCAAAUACUAGCGCUGAAAGAGCCUGAGCUUGUAGGAAUUUCAGAGCAAAGACAAGUAAACUCCAAGAUGACCCAAACCGAGCAGAGUAACUCUUUGGAAAAUCCUGAACAAUUGGAAGAAAAAGUAGUCGACUUUGACCCGCAAAGCAAGACGUACUAUCUAAGAAAACAAAAACAAGAGACACUGCAAGCUAUCAAAGAAAUUGAAAUACUUUUCGAGUACACUAAAUCAGAAAAGGCUGAAAUUGUCCAGAUGAAGGCAAGAAACGAAGAACAACAAUCAUCAAUUGUUCAUCUUAAAGCAGAAAAACAACAGCAGAAUUUAUUGAUAAUGACUUUAGAAUUUAAGCUAGGCGGUGCUAUUCAGAAACUGCAGAAGACCAAGGAAGAUAUAAGGAAGGAAAAAGAGCUAAUUGAAAAAGUCUGGGCUGAUGUCAAAACAGAAAGAGAACUUAUAGACUGCAGGCGAAAUGAGUUCAUGAAUGAGCGAGAAAUAUUCAAAGCACUGAUCAUGCAUGAUAAGCCAAUAAGGCACACAGAACCGACAAAAACAAAUAAACAACUGCAAGAUGCAUUCAUAAAGAUUCAGGCUGACAUCCAGUGUCACAUUCAGGAAAACAAGAGAAGAGUAGGUGAAGCGAAGCAAGUGGAAGGACAAAUGCAAAAAUAUAUUGCUGAAAUAAAACACAACUUCAGGAUGGCAAAGUAUGAAAUUGCAUUUCUAAGGAAGCAAAUGAAGCGGAUGCGACUUCAAAUAAGCACAAACAUCAGAGAGACAGAGAAACGCAAGAACAAGAUGGAUCACUCGCACACUGCCAGACUGCCUGACGACAAUGAGCCGUAUGAGAAGAUGAAGAAUGAACUGAACCGAGUGAAGGCAGCAGUGGAAAGACUUUGGCUUGAAUUGGAAGGGCAGGAAGUCUCCGCAGAGACUAGAACCCCGGGGCCCGCAGAACACCAACUGACAGCCGUGAUGAGACCAAGGUCACAACAUAUUACAGAUGAUGUAGAGAGGCAAACUGUAGCCCCCCGAGAUCGGAUGACGGCAGCGAUACAUGAAAUGAAUGAGGACCGAGUGAAAACUGAAAUAAUGGCCCAGAGAGAUGACAUAGAAAGAGAUAGGCAGUUUGUGAAGACAGAGAUGGACGAAGUGAAAAAGAUGAAGGAGAACAUUCAAAGGCAGCAGCUGGAGCUUGAUGAAAAGUUGGAAAAGACAAGAAGACAGAUACAAGAGAGGGAAGUCUUGAACACUGAGAUUGACACAAAGAAAAGUAACCUGGAGAAAAGUAUGAGGCGCACCAUGAUGAAACAGCAAGAUGCUGACAAGAGAAGGGAAACUGUACCGCAAGUAGAAGAAGACAUGGAAGAGAAAGAGAGGUCAAAGAAGGACGAUGCAAGUAAAUUUGCUACGGAUACAGAGAAUGCGGGGGCAGGUGAAGGGAUCAGAGUGAACGCAAAAAUCCAAAGGUUGGUUCAUAAAGUGCAAGCGAUCAGAGAUGUGUUAAAGACGGUGACACAGACACCCAAGCAAGGGAGAACCGAUAUGCAACAGGACGAAGGCCAAACCAAGUGGACAAAUUACAGAGCGCAGAAACAAAGACGUGAGCUUGACCAAAGAUUGGAGAAGAUUGCUCAGGAAAGGGAUGCCCUGGAGGUGAUGAAGAUGAAAAUGCAGCUGGAGAAGGAGGAACAGAAGACUAAGGAGUCUGGUUCUAACAUGGGCGUCAUAGAUGAGAUGAAAGGGGACAUGCAGAGUACGAGUGCAGGGAUUGAUCACACCCCCAUGGAGGCUACAAAAAAAAGUAUUCUCCCUGAUCAACCAACUGCAAGGGAAAAGGCAACACAAACCUUUCUGGAUGUCAGUCAACGAAGUGAAGAAGAACAAACGUUUGGUAAGUAUUCAACAAUUGAAAAGGAAAGCCUGGGAAUUCAACCAUCAAGGGUGGUUACACAGGAUAAGCAGGAUAUGGAUUCACCUGAACACAGCUCAAAAGCUGGAUUUCAGGAUAAAACGGAACAAAAAAGGACUGUGAGGGAUAGGACGGAAACCGAAAGCUAUGUCUCAAAACUCGGAGAGGAAGAGGAGAUAGUGAAAGGGGCUAUGGACAACUUAAAACAAAACCACAAAGAGAUGGAAAGACUGAUUGAGGAUAUAAGCAACCUUUAUCGGCAAGGGGCUGAUGAUGGGUCAGACAAUAGGGACGUAGGAAAUCACGGUGAUAGAUCAAUCGGGCAGAUCAAACAGACAGUACAGUACAGAGUACGUUUACAGGUUAACAGACAGAGUUAUGAAGAAGAGAAUGUUGAAUAUGAAAUGCCAGUGGCGUCUUUAACAACUGAACACCAAACAAAACCAGCAAAUUUGAUAGAACGUGAAUCAGAGGGGCCACCGGCGUCAGGAAAUGCCAGGAUACAAACCUUGAUUCGGGAGAUUAACAGAAUACAAGAAUCAUUAGAACAAAUAUCAUUGAAAGAAACUGAAGAAAGCUGCAUUGACAUGGCUCCUACGGAGGUCCGCGGGAACGCUGAGGGAUCAGUGCUGCAGCUGUUGCAACAAAUCAGAGAUGUCCUAAACAAAGUUAAAGAUGCGAUGGAUCAAAGUGAAAUGUAUCUGAGCAAAGAGAGGACUGACAUGAAAUGGAUUCAAAUGAUGAUUAGGAAACAGCAGAGAGAACUUGACCAGCGACGAGAGAAAACUCUCAGAGAGAGGGAUGAAUUGGACAUUUUAAAAAUGAAACUACAUCAGAAGAAGGUGCAGGUGGACCAGCAGAUCGAGAACAUAUCCAAAGUAAAACAUAAAAUUGAACGUAUGGUUUCACAUUUUAAGACUAAGUUAGAGGAAUACCAAGUAAAACCGACACAACUCAAGGGUUUGAACUGCAAGAUUGAGGCAGAGAAACAAAGCUUAGAAAGUGUCAUUGAUAUGAUUUGCCAGAAAACCGUUGAGCUUCAGAAAGUCAAUAGAGAAAUCAGUCAGCAAAGGGUAGACAUGGACUCCAAUAUCGAUAGAGAUGAGGCAUAUCUAGCACAGGUUAAACUACACAGACAGGAAAGAGAAGUGGUAAGUGAUAGGCAGCAAUUUCAAGAAAGAGACAUGGAGAAAGAAGAGCAAGAUAUUUUAGAACUUGUAUCCAAAGAAGAAACAAACGAGAAAACUGAGUUCAGUGCCAAUUUAGACCAAGGACAAAGAGAAAUGAAAGAAAUGGCGGAACUUCAAGGCCAACUCAAACAGAAGAUGGAGACUGAGUCUGCUCUGGACGAACAAAAGGAGGACCUUCAAAUAUUAAGGGCUUGUCUCAGAACUGAAAGACAGGAAAUGGAGAUGUUGAAACAUCAGGUUGAGUCCGAGAGAGAGAGCCUGAUAAAGGAAAGACAAAAGCUGUAUACAGAAAUAAACAAAGCAAGGGAUGGUAUUGCAAAACAAACCCACGAACUUGACGAUAAAAUGCGACACAUCAAGAGAGAGACAAGGGAGAUUGAGCUACUGAAGGCAGAGUUGGUAACAAAAAGAAAAGAAAAUGAUAGGUCAUCUAAGAGGGAAAUACGAAAAAGAGAGGAAGUUGGAAUGCGGUUGGUUGAAAUUCAAAGAGAAAAGGAAUCCCUCCAAACAAAUACGCAAAAGAGAAGGAGAGAACUGGAUGAUAGGAUGGAGAGGAUCAGAAGAGAAAGGGAUCAGUUAGAGGUUCUAAAGAUAAAACUAGAACGUCUAAAGAAGGAGCUGGCUGAAGAAAAGGAGAAAAAUGAGAACGAAAAGAAAAACAAUGAAAGCUAUGGUAUUUUGGUCCAAAAACACACUGAGAAUCUAAAUGGUAAAGGAGAGACUGGGAGGCUUGACAAGAUACAAUUACAGCAGAUCAAACAAAAAGGCCCCGAAAUGCCCCAAAGCCCUGCCGACGAGAGCGUUAAAAGAAUAAAAAAUGAGGAUCCCAUACAACACAAUGAUAACGAUGACCACCAAGAGAACGCCACAACAGCUGAAAACAUUUCUACAAAAGAACAUGUUUCUAACCAAGAUAAAUUGCGGAAGAUGUGGAAAGAGACAAGAAUGGAACGGAGGGAGAUCGACCACAUGAAGAGCAGAGGUACCAAGAUGAGAAAGAACCUGGAGCAGAAGCUGCAGACCCUUCGCAACAUAGUCAAGAGGCCUCACUUGCAAAGAGAGGACAAAGAGCCCUCGCAGACAACGAGCAUAGAUUCGCAAGAGGAAGACCGAAUCCACCAGCAGUCAAGCAACCGAAAGAUGCUAGCUGACAAAUACAGAGAGCUUGAGCAACUUAGAGCACAGCUGCUUGGAGAGCUUGAGAAACUGAAAGGAAGCAGAUUCCGAAGAUGGACUAACGAUAGAGCCAUGCAGACAGGGCCAGAUCCCCACAGAGAGGUACAGCCACAGGGUGGGACAGUAAACGAACAAGAGCCUCAGGCUGGAAGGGGCUCAACAGGACUUCUGAGUCGACUUCAACGGUACUGCUGCCACAGCUGCUGCUGCUGUCCUGAGUGCUGUGGACACUCGUCCAAGGACGAGGCGUCCCAAGAUUAG